GGCAGCGCAGCUCUCGGUACAUUGUUAAAUUAAACGUCUUACUAGACGGUCUUCGUUUAAGCUAUGGCUGCCGAGUCGCAAGCGAAAAGGAUGGAGGAAAGCCAACAACUUCAGUUUGUGCGCGAAAAGCUGCUGGCGUUUCAGAAAAAAAUGAUUGGAGAUGUGGAGCAGCGCAUGUCCUGCCUCAUACAGGACGUUAUGCUGGAUAUACAGCAGCAGCAGCUACGGCAGCAGUUUGAUAAUAGCACAGACAGAACUAGUGCGGGCAAUGGCAACAUUUGGCACAAUCGCCAGCCUCAAACGGCAAACGGCAAAUCAGCUGAGUCUGACAUCAGCGAUAGUCCAAAUUUGCAGUCGGAUGCGGCUGCCCAAAAUGAGACGACGCCAGCGUCAAAGCAACACAACAAUGAGAAAGAGAAACAACAGCAGCAGCAAAAACAACAGCGUCGUGGUCUGCCAGAUAAAGUGUUUGCGUUUCGCGAAUCGUACCUGACCGCUCUGCUCCAGGUUGAGCACAUGCGCACCAUUUAUAACAUAUUCUAUACUAUACUGGUCUUGUUUUUCCUCAACGUCAUUUGCUAUGACUACUUUGUCGAGGGUCACAUCAAUUUCGCUUUUGAUACAUUUAAUGGCGGUCUCAAACGCUUGCAUUAUGUCAUGGGCAUCUGGCUGCUGGAGCAUAUCUUUGUCCUACUGCUCUUCUACGCCUUUCGGGGCUGGGCAAUUAUGCGCGCUAAGUUACAAACGCACAACUCACUGCAGCGCUUCUGGUCACAUAGCAGCCUUAUCAUGUACAUUAGCGCGCAGCUCGUAUUUGGUUAUGUAUCCACCUCGUUGUGUCUUAAGCUCAACUUACCGUUUGUGAGCGCGUGUGUACUUCUCUUGGAAAGUACACGUCUACUUAUGAAAAUGCACGCCUUUGUCAGAUACAAUGCAGCGAGAGUAUUGGCCGGCAAAUUGAAGACCGAUAAUGAGCCGUGUCCUGCGCCCAUGCCCUCACUCCAGAGCUAUGUGUACUUUUUGUUUGCUCCCACGCUCAUUUAUCGGGAUAGCUAUCCUCGCACUACACACAUACGCUGGAAGUUUGCACUAUGCAGACUGUUGGAAAUGGUGGCUGUCGCCUUUCUGUACGCCUUCAUUCAUGAGCGGCAUAUACACGAGCAUUUCCACUUAUUUGGAAAAGAGCCAAUGGGCGCUUCACAGCUGAUAGUCAAACUCUUUGGCAUGAUGCUGCCUAGUGCGAUUAUAUUUUUGUGUGGUUUCUAUAUGAUUUUACACUCUUGGCUGAAUUUUACCUCGGAGCUGUUGCGAUUUGGCGACCGGAUGUUCUACAAAGAUUGGUGGACAUCGCAUACCUAUGACACCUACUAUCGUAACUGGAAUGUGGUGGUGCAUGAUUGGCUAUACGAAUAUGUCUACAAGGAUUGCUACAAGUAUAUAUGUAAGGGAUCAAAAACGGCUUCGUCGCUGCUAGUCUUCAUGAUCUCUGCGCUGGUGCAUGAGCAAGUCUUGGGAUUUGCGCUGCAAAUGUUCUUUCCCGUCAUGUUUGUGUUCUUUGGUGUUGUUGGCGUAGCACUGGUCUUCCUCAUGCGCAGAGCACCCAAAACACUUGGGAACAUAUUUUUGUGGUUCUCACUUAUCCUAGGCAACGGUAUGCUCAUCUCGCUUUAUGCUAUGGAAUACUAUGCAAAACGCAAUUGUGAGCUAAGCUACAAGCACUGGACGGACUAUGUAACUCCGGCCCUGUGGCGCUGCUAUCACUAGUUGCAGACUUAUUCUGUUAUAAAUGAGUUUUUAGGCUAAGUUAUUGUA